AUGGCAAGAUUGGUGAAAUGCUUAUUUUUCCUGCUUUGCCUUGAGCUCAGUUUUGCACGAGUACCGAACUUUCACAUGGGAAGACCGAAAGAAGGAUUUCUGAGACCGCCAGCUGAUCCACACGGUAUUUAUCAAUAUACAGCCGAUGAAACGAUCAUUUAUUCAAAUAUUAUUCAAAAAGUCGAUCAUUUCAACGAGAGCUUGAAAGAUAACUGGACACAGGAGUAUCAGUACAACUCAAAGUUCUACAACAAGGAUCGCCCGUUGGCCUUUCUGAUGAUUGGUGGUGAGGGGGCAAUUGGAGGAGAUGGGGAUAAAUGGAUCAAGAAUGAGGACGUUUCGAUGAUGAAAUGGGCAGCCGAGUUUCGAGCAGCCGCUUUCCAAGUCGAACAUCGCUUUUAUGGGAAAAGCAGACCAUAUCCAGAACAAACCACGGAAAACUUGAAAUACUUGACGGUGGACCAGGUUUUGGCGGAUCUCAAAGAGUUCAUCAAUCAGAUGAAUCAGCUGUAUUUUCCCGGUGUUUCGCCAAAAUGGAUCACUUUUGGAGGAUCGUAUCCUGGCUCAUUGUCGGCCUGGUUCCGUGCGACUUAUCCAGAAAUGACGAUCGGAGCCGUUUCUACAUCAAGUGCCGUCAAUACACGCGUCGAUUACUAUGGCUAUGCCGUGAACACUGAGAAGAACUAUCGUGGGAUCUCGGCACAGUGCGGUGACAACAUUGGGGCAGCUUUUAAAAAUAUCAUGCAGAGAGCUUACAAAAGUGACGACUCUCGGGAUCGGAUGGUCAAGGAAAUGAACUUGUGCAAACCAUUCAUCGGUGACGAUUCGGUGACCACCGCCCGCCAACUCCAAUACAUGUUCUCGAACAUUUACGGAAUAUUCCAGGGAAUCAACCAAUACUCUGGGGAUAAUAGGAACCACAGAAACGACCUUGGUGAAGGACUUCCGAUGGCUUGUGACUAUAUGACCUACGCGAACAAUGAUCCAACCGCAAAUCUGCUCAACAUGACUAAUUGGGACAAUGAAAUGAAUGAAAAUAAUUGUACCGACAACGAUUGGCCUGGCUUCAUCAGUCUGUUGAAGCAAACCAAUUACGAUAAUUUGGGCGUAGCCUCCUAUCGAACAUGGAUCUGGCAAACGUGCACUUUCUUGGGCUACUUCCAGACGACCGAUGGUGGAAACAAAGGGAUUUUCGGGAGCACGAUUCCAUUGGACUUUUACGUUGAUCAGUGUUUGGAGAUUUUCGGGAGCGAUUACACGGCUGACUCGAUUUUCGAGGCCGUCGCCAAGAAUCAAGAGCAAUUCGGUGGAGACAAAAAUUACAAAGGCACAAAAGUCGUUUUCCCAAAUGGUUCAAUCGAUCCGUGGGUGAGUCUCGGAAAGUUGACGCCGAACAAAGACAAUGAUGUUGAUGCUUUCAUUAUUGAGGGAACGGCUCAUUGUGCUGACAUGUAUCCGUGGCGGGACAGCGAUUUGCAAUCAUUGAAAGAUGGACGAAAGAGGAUUCACGAUAAUCUUGAGAGAUGGAUUAAUGACGCUUUCGCUCAACAACAAGACACGACAACUCCAAAGUCGGCUGGACAAAUCUCACUGCUCUUGGCCACCGGACUUUUGAUGGCUGGAGUGCUUUAUCUA